UCUGUAUCACCUGCAAAUGUAGUCGCCCAAGUUGCAAAUGGCGGUUCGCAUGAACUAGAAGGUUCUUGUCACCAAAUUCUUUGUCAACCUCGACCUUCCUGCAGAUACAGCGUAUGUGGUAUCAGUUUGGGUAAGGUACACAUAACCCUUAAACAUGGUGGAUAAGCCCCAGAUCAUUGCGCAUGUGGAGAAGUCUCUAAACUACACGUUGUUUGACUGCAAGUGGAUCCCCUGUAGUGCUAAGUUCGUUGUGCUGGGUAACCAUGCCCGAGGGACAGGUGCCCUGCAGAUCUAUGAGGUGUCCAAAGGAGAAGUCAAGCUGCUGAAAGAGCGUGAAAAACCCAAAGCUUUUAAGUGUGGCACCUUUGGGGCAGCAAGCCUUCAGCAAAGGAACCUUGCAACUGGAGACUUUGAUGGAAAACUGUCAAUUUGGGACUUGGAAAAUGUGGACACUCCAGUAUACCAUGCUCCAGCUCACAAGGAGAUCAUCAACUGUAUUGAUGGAGUUGGAGGCCUGGGGAUUGGGGAGGGAGCCCCUGAGCUUGUCACUGGCAGCAGAGAUGGGAGUGUGAAGGUGUGGGACCCUCGACAGAAGGAUUUGCCUGUGGCAACAAUGGAACCCUCUGAGGCAGAGGCAAGAAGAGACUGUUGGACUGUAGCCUUUGGGAAUGCAUACUCCCCUACAGAGAGAUGUGUUUGUGCUGGUUAUGACAAUGGAGACAUCAAGCUGUUUGACCUAAGGAACAUGGCCUUACGAUGGGAGACAAAUGUGAAGAAUGGGGUAUGCAGUGUGGAGUUUGACAGGAAGGACAUCGACAUGAACAAGAUGGUGGCAACCACUUUGGAAUCCAAAUUCCAUGUAUUUGACAUGCGUACUCAGCACCCAACAAAAGGAUUCGCCUCUCUCUCAGAAAAGGCUCACAAGUCUACUGUCUGGUUAGCCAGGCAUCUUCCCCAGAACAGAGAUGUGUUCAUGACUUGUGGAGGGAGUGGUACUCUCAACCUGUGGCAGUAUUCGUACCCAGACAAGAGGGUGAAGGCAGAUGACAAGGGCGUGGACAUGGGUGUGGCAGGGACAGUGUCACUUCUUCAAAAUGUCACGUUGUCCACACAACCAAUAGCAGGGUUUGACUGGAGCCCAGACAAAGUUGGUCUGUGUGUGUGCACUGCAUUUGACCAGUGUCUGAGGGUGCUCAUUGUCACAAAACUUAACAGACUGUAAAGUGUUUUUUCAUAUUAUGUUCAGCAGAUUGCUGCUAUUUCAGCAGUACACGACUGAUGAGUUGUCACUUACAAAGAUUAUCUAAUUUUUUAUGGCCGCUAGUCUUGAAGUAGUUAGUUUUGGUUGAUUUAGAAUAUGGCUUUGAAUGCGUUUAGUUACACUAUUACAUCAAAUAAUUCAGGCAAUUGGCCAUUAUAGUUUUUUGUUCAAUAUAAUGUUUGUAUUACACAAUGAGUACAGAUGCCAGGUUAAGAUGGCUCAAAGAGGUUGAUUAUCUGUCAUGGUCAAGAGAACCUAUGUGUCUGGUUCUGUGAAGCUAUGUUACACCUGCACACUGGGUCCGAGGAACAUACAUAGACAUUUCCACAAGUCUUGUUGCAUUCUGGGCAGUGCCGAAGUGCAAGGGUCACCACAUGUCCAAAAUGCAGUGGGAUUGGGGAAAAGUUAGAAUAUGCUUUACAAGACAUGUAAGACCAUAGUAAAUCACAACUGAUAAACAUGUUGUACAGUACCCUUCAUUUAUGUAGCAUUUGUUAUUGUGUGGAAAAAAAUCAUCUCAUGUAAUAGAGAAAAAAUAUCUUGUAAGAGUAUUGAAACAUGUGAAGCUCAAUAUCUCCUACAUAUCAAACCAACCCUUAUUUCAUGAAGAUACCAAAAAUCUUUAGUCCAUCGAUGUACGUUAUUUCAAAAUAGUUAAGCAGAUAUUUCACUACAUAUUUAUACAAAUGCAACAAGGCAUUGUUGGUGAUUAUGUCAUGCUAUUCUAUUGAUACAAACAGUGUACAGCAUAAGCGGCAUUGACAGUAAAUGCGUUUUUUUUAAUAAACAGCAGACACUUUU